AUAAUUAUGAAAGUAGUUGCACUAACCUUAGUAUUAUUAUUGGCUGGAAAUGCAUUAGGAGGAGAUUUAACUAAUAGGUGAAUUGUAUAGAUAUAGAAUUAGAUAUCCAAUAAUUGGAAAGAGUAAACCAACUUUAGUUAGUAUUUUAACUGAAUUGGAAAGCAAAUUAACAUCAGGUGGAUCUGUAGAUACAGCUGUAAACUUUUUAGACAGUUUAAGAGCAUCAAUUGAUUCUGAAUAAAUUAGACAUGAUCUAUUAUAUACAGAUUAAAGAAAUUAAUGUAGUGCUGAAUUAGAAUUAAGAACUAAAGAUUUUAAAGAUGCAGAAUAAGUAUUAAAUAGAGCCACUGAAUAAUAUGAAAAUUGUUCAACUUCUAAAAAAAAAGCUGAUGCAGAAUUAGAUAAUAAUUUAGAUAGUCAAAAAGUAUUAUUAGAAUCAUUCAAAUUAGGCUACAGAUACAGAUAUUAAAAUAUUGGAUUCCAUUAGAUAAGCUGGUGCUUAAAAUUAUAAUGCAAAAAAAUAAGAUCAUAUUGAUGCUUUAAGAUCUAUCUAAGAAAGCUUAAAGAUCUUAGAUAGUUUCUAAUCUGGUGGUGCAUCAUUAGCUUAAAUGUCAGAAAUAUCAUUAAGAAUGAUUUAAGAUGCAGUUAAAUUAAAAACUACUAAUAUUAUGAGUCAAAUUUCAAGCAUUUUUGCAUAAAUGUUAACUUAAAAUGGAGGGUAUUCAUUAUUUUUUAUUUUUAUUAGUUACAUUGAAGUUUUUGAAAGACUUAAAUAAUUAUUAUAAAAUUUAGAAUAAAAUCUUUAUACAAAUCUAUAGAAAAUAUCAGAAGAGGAAGAUUAAUCAAUCUAAGAAUAUGACGAUAGAAGAGUUCAUUUGGUUGAAUAUUAUAACAAUUUAAAGAGAACUGAAAAUAAAUUGAGAGAUCACAUCACUACAAUGGAUAUUUGUUAAGAUUAAUAAUCAGCUAUUAUUGAUAGUGCUAGAGGAAAGAAAGUAAGAAUUUACUUACUAUUUCUAGGUGAGAAAUGGUGAAAUCUUUGAUAGUGCUACUAGAAUGUGCAAUGAUUUUGCUUCAGAAUAUGAGAAGGCAACCUAAGUAAGGAAACAAGAAUUAGAAUUAGUAGAUAGAGUUAGAGCAAAGAUAAUUGAAAGAGGAUCAUGA